AUUUAACGGCGUGACUUUUAGGUCGAUUUUAGUACAUCUUGCCUCUGACUGAAACCAACAUGCAAAUGCUUAACUUGAUUAUAUUUUGCACGUUCGCCUUCUCUGAUGCCUACGUACUAUCGUUUGUUGAUUAUAUGGAAGAACUACGGGAAAUUGUAAAAGGAGAUGUGGGGUGGCCCAGAACUGAACUGACCUGCUAUGAGAAGACACUAAGGAGGGGUUCACUUGUGAAACCUGAUUCCAUAGAAUACUAUGAAAAGCUGACUUAUGCCAAAAAUGUCAACUUUCCCCAUACUUUUGUCGACUGGUAUCGUGUUGACAACUGCAUUAAAAAUGGCGAGUUAAAAGGUGUAAGAAGAGUACUGCCUGUUAAUAAUGACGAAAUUGACGUCGAAUACAACGGGAAAGAUUCAAUAAAGAAAAAACGCUACAGACUAGUUAAUGGCGCCUAUGUUCGUGUGGACUAGUGAAGAAGCUGGAUGUACAAGAUAGCAAUAAACUUCUUGUUGAAAGAAAA